UCCAUAAUGCUCGUUAUCGGGGGUUACUUUCAUGCUUAUUAUUCCACCUAAAAUGUAUAUUACUUAUGCCAAUUAUCAUAGUAUCAGGUUCUUUCUUUUUUGUUUGGCCUUUUUUUGUUAGCGGUACAGCCUGUUUUUUUUUUUUUUUGCCUGUGUACCGCAAAAUGCUUGCUAAAAUCUACGAGAAUUUGAAUCUAUCCAGCUCGAAAAAAGAGAUACGUAUUAUACACCUCCUACCUGCAUUGAAUUGGGAAGACGGAAUACAAUGCAGGUUGUCAGUUGUAUGCCUCAGCAAUGAUGACAGACUACAAUAUCAAGCACUGUCGUAUGUAUGGGGGGAUGCACGAAUAACUAUCCCCAUUGAUGUCAACGGGUUUCGCUUUGAUGCUACCAAAAACCUUGUGGAAGCCCUCCGCGCACUCCGGUUGCAGUCGGAGGAGAGGAUUUUAUGGAUCGAUGCGAUUUGCAUUAAUCAGGCGAACGUUGAUGAGCGUAACCGGCAAGUAAGCAUGAUGACCGAGAUCUACCGCAACUCCCUCUCGACUGUAGCUUGGUUAGGGCCUAGCCAUAGAGAAUCGGAUAAGCGACCACCAGAACAAUGUUAUGAUGCCAUGGAAAGCCCCCUCAUUGUCGACACAGAUCUGGCAUCUUCCACUGACGAGGCACGAGAUGUGUGGACAGAGUUGCCAGAAAAUCAUCACCUACAAAAAGGCCCAUUUGUGCUAUGGAAGUGCCCGGAGACUGAUAUAUCACUAGUUGACUCGUUCAGAAGUCUUCGAGUAAUGGCUCUGCCGCAAUUCCAUAUCUUUCCAGAGUUCAACCAGCCUAGUUGGACAACGGAAUCUUAUCAGGCAGUCUCAAAGGAAAUGCAGUUGAUCAUUAGAUACAUGGGACCGGUAUCCAGCGUCCCUUGGUGGUCCCGAAUAUGGACAGCUCAAGAGACGGUUCUGCCCAAGGACUUGCAAUUCAUGUGUGGGCCGUAUGUUGUGUCCUACCGUGUGUUCGACCAAGCUUGCAAUGCCUGUAACAAUCGAAUGGUUGUGUACACCGCAAUGCAAAACUCUGGAGACCCUGGUUUCGAUCUUGAUCUUUCCCUGUUGGAGAGUUAUGUUGGAAAUAUGGCCUCGAUCAACUUGUUUCGAGCGUUGUUUCAUCUCGGGGCUGGUUCCGUUGGCCUCGAUACUAUAUGGAAGCCUAAAAACUCUGGUGAGCUAUGUGUUCGAGAACUGUUCACCCGUUUUAGUUCGAGGCUAGCGACCGACCCAAGAGAUAAGGUUUUUGGAGUUCUCGGCCUCGCAUCGCCACCCCUCCAAGAACAGCUCAUUCAACCAGACUACAGGCUUACUGUAUCACAAGCGUAUCAACUAGCGCUUGUUUCAACCACAAGAGCUAGUAGUCAUCUGGAUCUUAUACCGUAUGUCUCGGGAACAGACGUCGAGUUGGAAACAGAUGGCGCAGUCAGGCCCAGUUGGCUGCCAGUAUGGAACGAUUCGACUGACAAACUGGCAGAUGUAGUCAUCACAAGAGAAUGGGAUCUUAAUUUGGUAAACCAAACUGGUGACUGGAAAGACUGCAAUAUGACCUACGCUUGCAUUGGUCUUUUGAAUCUAUACUCCGAUGGAGUUUUGGAGCUGCAGGGGCACAGAAUUGCGACGGUAUUGGACGUUGAGCCCACAGGCGAUGCAAAGAAAAAAAGUUCUUCAGUCACGACGUCCACGAUGCGUAUCUCAAGAUCCGUUAAGAAAGGAGAUGAAUUGUUUUACAUUCCAGGUUCAGAGUACCUGGCGAUAGUGAGGCCACAGAGAUACAGACCUAGUGCGGCAAUCACAUGGCCUCAGGGAUAUGGAAAUCAAAUUCAUGAUUCCCAAUCCAGGCCAUCGAAGAAUAUUUAUCACUCUUGGGUAUGUAUAGAGAUGGGACAAUAUCUGAACCGGGGGAAUCAUAAAUUGCAACAGUGGGAAAGAGUACCGUUGACAUCGAUAUAUCUUCAGUAG